GGAGGUUCUUUGCCGUCUUUACGUAUUCUAUAUGCCGCGACGGAUGAGCGCAGACGGAACGUCCGUCGACGACUCGAUUAUCAGUCCAAGCUCUGAUUGACACUCCUAGAGGUUCAGCAAAUCGUUUCCGUGAGGUUUUCAAAGAUUGUGAAGUGGGUCUCUCUGACUGAGAAAGAGUCUCCAAGAAUGUCCACCCUCCAACGCGUCAUAGCCAACGCUGUUGCCGCGGUCGAUCGUGCGGGAAGAAUCGUUAAGGAGGUUCUACACUCUGGCUCGUUGGGGAUCAUUGACAAGGCACAGGAUGACCUGCAGACAGAAGCGGACCGCAGCGCCCAGAAGUGUAUCGUAGCCUCGCUCAGCAAAAGCUUCCCGCGAAUGAAAAUUAUCGGGGAGGAAGGCGCUCAAGAAGGAAUGGCUGCCAAGGACGAUUGGAUCGUGAAGGAGCUUGAUGGCGCAGUACUCAAGGAAACGCUGCCCUCUGACCUUGCAGGCGUGGACGAAAAAGACAUUGUUUGCUGGGUCGACCCACUCGACGGCACCAAGGAAUACACUCAAGGUUUGUUGGAUCACGUCACGGUCCUCGUCGGUUUUGCCGUUGGAGGCAAAGCUGUCGCCGGGGUAGUGCAUCAGCCCUUCUACAAUUACACCAAGCAGGCGGACCCAUUCAAGCAGGGCCGAACCAUGUGGGGCAUUGUAGGGCUCGGGGUGCGGGGAAUCACUCCCGCGGUGCCAGCAAGCGGGAAGAUAAUCACUACGACGAGAUCGCAUUCUUCGCCAACGAUCAACGCUUGCAUUGAAGCAAUGAAACCGACUGAAGUGAUCAGGGUUGGCGGCGCAGGACACAAGGUGUUGCUCCUGAUCGAAGGUCAAGCGCACGCUUACGUGUUCCCCUCGCCCGGAUGUAAAAAAUGGGACACCUGCGCUCCAGAGGCUCUCCUCGAAGCGGCUGGCGGCGCCCUGACCGAUAUUCACGGGAGCAAGAUCCUGUACCACGCAGAUGUCGAUCAUCCCAACUGGGGCGGAGUUCUCGCCACCUGCAAGCGCGAUUUGCUGCCACAGUAUCUCCGAGAGGUACCGGAGAGCGUUCGACAGGCUCUCCCAGUGCUGGGGCAGAAGCUAUAGAACGGAAUUAGAAUCAUGAAAGCACCACAUUCCGUCUCCAGUCGGACUAGUUGUUAUUCAAUUCGAAAGAAAUAUCGAAUAUAUAUUUUUCUCGCUUCGAAAUAAAUAUUUU